UUUCCUUUCACUACUUUAUCUAUCUUCGAAAGUUAUCUCCAACUUUCUCACUACUAUUUAGUCCCCUUUGCCUCUUUCAUUCUCUUCUCCACUUUUCAACUCCUCUGUUUCUCUCUAUCUAUACAUCUGCUGCAUGGUCAUUGGUCACUACUGUUUUAUUUGGUCAGCUCUUUCUUGAAGCUGAAGCAUAAGUAGAGUGGAAAAAAAGAAGGUUCAUGGCACCAAGAUCAGGCAGGGGAAAGGGAAACAGAGCAAAAACAGACAAGAAGAAGAAAGAAGAGAAAGUGAUUCCCAGUGUUAUUGACAUAACCAUCAUCACUCCCUAUGAAACUGAAGUUGUUCUCAAGGGCAUAUCGACGGACAGGAUACUGGAUGUGAGGAAGCUGCUAGAUGCCAAUGUUGAAACAUGUCAUUUCACGAACUAUUCUUUGUCUCACGAGGUGAAGGGACCAAAACUAAAUGACAAGUUAGAUGUUGCGAUUCUGAAGCCAUGUUUGCUGAGAAUGGUUGAAGAGGAGUACACGGAGGAGUCUCAGGUAGUGGAUCAUGUCCGCAGGCUACUGGACAUCGUGGCGUGCACUACCCGCUUCUCCAAGCCCAAGCCCGGAAAAUCAACAACUGCUAAGAAGCGAAAUGGUUCAAGCCGGCCAGCGUCGCCGCCAGAUGGAGUGGCGGCUCCUUCAUUGGAGCCGGCGGCGCAGGAAGAGAAUGAAAUGGUGGCGAUACAUCCAAUUCCUAAGCUCUCUGAUUUCUAUGACUUCUUCUCUUUCUCCAACCUCUCUCCGCCUAUACUCAGUUUGAAAAGAGUGGAUUGUAACAAUGCUAAAGCAAGGCGAGAUGGCGACUAUUUCGAAUUACAGAUUAAGAUAUGCAAUGGAAAGACAUUGCAAGUGGUUGCAGCAGUAAAAGGUUUCUACACUUCAGGGAAGCCACUUAUGCGAAGCCAUUGCUUGGUUGAUCUUCUGCAACAGCUCAGCCAAGCUUUUGCUAAUGCAUAUGAAUCCUUGAUGAAGGCUUUUAUAGAACAUAACAAGUUUGGUAAUCUUCCAUAUGGUUUCCGCUCCAACACAUGGCUUGUCCCUCCAUCCGUUGUUGAUUCUGCAUCAAACUUCAUUCAGCUUCCGGUGGAAGAUGAGAGUUGGGGUGGCAAUGGCGGAGGUCAGGGAAGGAAUGGAGAGCAUGAUCAUAGAUCAUGGGCUACAGAUUUUGCAGUAUUGAAAAACCUUCCUUGCAAAACUGAGGAGGAGAGGGUGUUUCGAGACCGAAAGGCUUUUUUGCUUCAUAAUCUUUUCCUUGACGUCUCUAUUUUUAAAGCUGUCUCGGCCAUAUACCAAGUCAUGGAUUCUACUUUGAGGGGUACCUCAAAUUGUGCUCUGGGCUCAGUACUCUCUGAGGAUCGCAUUGGUGACUUGUCUAUUAUAGUUAAAAGAGAUUUCGGGGAUGCUAGCCUGAAAGAAGUCAAAGUUAUCGGCAGUAGAGAUUCUAAUGUAUCUGCUGAGGAUGUUGCUCGAAGAAAUUUAAUUAAAGGAGUAACUGCAGAUGAAAGUGUUGUCAUACACGACACAUCUUCAUUGGGCAUGGUGGUUGUGAAACAUUGUGGUUACACAGCAAUUGUGAAAGUUGUUGGUGACAUUCGUGUGGAUAGAAGUCUGCCUCAGGAUAUCAAAAUCGACGACCAAGCAGAUGGGGGAGCCAAUGCACUCAACAUCAACAGCUUACGCCUUCUGCUUCACAAGCCAAUGACUGCUUCCGGAGGUGGUCAAUUGCCCCGGUCUGAUUCGGAUGACCAUGCAAAUUCAAUGUCUUUGGUCCAUAAAAUCAUUAAGGAUGGUUUGAGUAAGUUAAAGGGGAUGGAUGAUAAAUCCAAAGGGUCCAUCAGAUGGGAACUUGGUUCUUGUUGGGUUCAGCAUCUACAAAAGCAGGAAACACCAUCAGAAGACACGGUUGGGAAUGAUGGUAAGGUUGAACCCACAGUUAAGGGACUUGGAAAGCGAUUUAAAAUGCUCAAAAAGAGGGAAAAGAGACCAAGUAAUGUUAGUUCCAUGGAUGACAAUGAAGCAGAUGAUGUGACAGACAGCACUCUGAACACAGAAAGUGGCUCGACGGAACUAAGCAAUGGCAACCCAAAGUGUGAAGCUGAAUGGAGGAAGUUUAUCUCUCGAGAAGCUUACCUUCGUUUGAAAGAAAGUGGGAUGGAUCUCCAUCUGAAGUCAGUGGAUGAACUUGUCGAAAUGGCCCGCAAGUAUUAUGAUGAAGUUGCUAUCCCGAAACUGGUUACAGACUUUGCAUCGUUGGAACUUUCUCCAGUUGAUGGACGCACCCUUACCGACUUCAUGCAUCUAAGAGGAUUACAAAUGCGUUCUUUGGGUCAUGUGGUUGAACUUGCGGAGAAGCUUCCUCACAUACAGUCGCUUUGUAUUCAUGAGAUGGUUACUCGAGCUUUCAAGCAUGUACUUAGAGCUGUCAUUGCCUCUGUUGACAAUGUGGCCAACUUGUCAGCUGCUAUAGCCUCAUCGUUAAAUUUCUUGUUUGGGUCCGCUGCCACACAAGACAGUGAUGAAAACCACAUUCUCAAGAUGCAAUGGUUAAGGAAAUUCCUGGUUGAAAGAUUUGGUUGGAGAUUAAAAGAUGAAUUCCAACAGUUGAGGAAAUUGUCGGUCCUCCGCGGGCUUUGUCAUAAGAUUGGAUUAGAGUUGGUUCCAAAAGAUUAUGAUAUGGAAUGCCCAUACCCCUUCAGUAAAAGUGAUGUUAUCAGCGUACUACCUUUGUGUAAACAUGUCGGAUGCUCUUCUGCUGAUGGACGGACUUUACUAGAAUCAUCUAAGGUUGCUCUUGACAAAGGGAAGUUGGAAGAUGCUGUAAUGUGUGGAACAAAGGCCCUGGCAAAAAUGAUAGCUGUAUGUGGCCCCUAUCACCGUUCCACUGCAAGUGCAUAUAGCCUCCUGGCUGUUGUCCUUUAUCACACUGGAGACUUCAAUCAGGCAACAAUUUAUCAACAGAAGGCAUUGGAUAUCAAUGAGAGGGAGCUAGGACUCGACCAUCCAGAUACAAUGAAAAGUUAUGGGGAUCUUUCUGUAUUCUACUAUCGUCUCCAACACAUUGAGUUGGCUCUAAAGUAUGUCAACCGUGCUUUAUUUCUUCUUCACUUUACAUGUGGACUAUCUCACCCAAACACAGCUGCCACAUACAUAAAUGUGGCUAUGAUGGAAGAGGGCAUGGGAAAUGUACAUAUUGCUCUUAGAUAUCUACACGAAGCCCUUAAAUGCAACCAAAGAUUACUGGGAGUAGAUCAUAUACAGACUGCUGCCAGCUAUCAUGCCAUAGCCAUAGCUCUUUCUCUCAUGGAAGCAUAUUCACUGAGUGUGCAACAUGAGCAAACUACAUUGCAGAUUCUUCAAGCAAAACUAGGAGCAGAUGAUCUCCGUACUCAGGAUGCUGCUGCAUGGCUAGAGUACUUUGAAUCGAAAGCCUUAGAGCAGCAAGAAGCUGCAAGAACUGGAGCUCCGAGACUAGAUGCAUCCAUUGCUAGCAAAGGUCACCUCAGUGUGUCAGACCUACUGGAUUACAUUAGUCCUGGCCAGGGUUCAAAGACCAUAGAAGCGCAGAGGAAACGACGUUCAAAGGUGUUGCCAGUAGAUGAUCAAUCUAAAAAGGGAGAGCAUGAUGGAAUAAGUAACAACCCCAUGGAUCAUGAUGUUACAGAAAAUCCUGUGACCAUAGUAGAAGUUAACAAGAAAGAAGACGACAUAGAGAAGGUCACUAGAGAAGUUGAAGGCAUCAAUGUCACUAGUAAUGAGGAACCAGUGGAAAUAAUACACGAAACAAGUUCUGAUGAGGGGUGGCAGGAAGCAAAUUCAAAAACACGGACGGGGCAUGGCAGUGGCAAGAUGUUCAACCGAAGGCAACCUAGUCUUGCCAAGAUCAAAACAAACUUGGAAUACUUUUUCCCCCGUGACAGCAGUUCCAGGAAGGAAGUUACUUCACAAGGACAAAAGGUGCUAUCGAAGAAUGGUUUAGGUGAAUUUUCUCCUGCAAAGCAACUAAAGGCUGCUAGCGUCAGUUCAGGAAAGUCAACCAAUCUCUCGGCUAAAAUGACUGUUGCCGAAGUUUCUCGCACAUCAAAUGUCACUGUUUCCUCUCCUCCUGCCUCUCUUGCUACCAUGGCUUCAAAAUCCUUAUCAUACAAAGAAGUGGCGGUGUCACCACCAGGUACGGUUCUAAAGCCUUUAUUGGAGAAAGUAGAAGAAUUAAAUGAGGAUAAAACUGAUUCCCAGAUCUGCGUUAGUCCAACUGAAACAUCAGAAGAAGAUGGAAGGCACUCAGUGACGACAGAGGCUACACCUGCCAAUGACCGAGACGGACAAGGAAUCCAUGAAGAUGAAGUCCAGAUAAGUGGAUCCGAGUCAGAUAAAUCUUCCCUGGAGCCUGAAGAUGUUUCAUGUUCAAGUAAUGAGGAAAAAUGUUUACGACGAAUUAGGAGUAAGCUAUCAGCAGCUGCUGAACCAUUCAAUCCAGGUGCCUACCAUUUGACUCAUAUGUUGAUUUCUGCUGCUGUCACUAGUGUCUAUGAUGUUAGAGCCAGCCAAGGCAUGCUUACUGAACCAGUGGGAUUUCCAUCAAUUGCUGAGAGAGUUCCUUGUGGUCCCAGAUCAUCUUUGUACCACAGGACAAGCCAUUCUCGCAUGAAAAACGGAUAUGUGAAGUACCAAAGCCCUGCUGCUGAAUUAAGCAGUUAUGAUUAUCCAAGAAUCAUGAAUCCACAUGCACCUGAAUUUGUUCCAAGAAAAACACAGCCAACGACUCUUGCAAGUGAAGAUUCAAAAGUGGCUAUUGAUGCUGAUUCUUCCACAGGGUUGAAUAACGCUGUCACAAUAGGUUCAGCAGAGGAGAAGCAUGAUAAAAAAGCUACAUUUAAUGUCAAAAAUGUUAGAUCAACAAAGAUCAGUUCACAUGCUGACAGGGAAGAGCUAGCUAGGCAAAUACAAAAUAGCUUCAUUGUGAAGUCGAAACUGAAUAAUUCAGAUGUUGCAAGUGAAUUUCCAGUUAGCUCUGCCAAAGCAAGUGCAGAUAAUGCAACUAAAUUGCAGUCUGGAAGUGAAGGGAAACAGGAACUUUUGACAGAAGCAAAUAAAUAUAGCGGGCCAAAGACAGUUGAUGUAAAUAAAAAUAAGCAUGAGGAUGCAGAAGGUUUUUUGCCUGUGAUAAAGCGAAGAAGAAACAGGAGACAAUUUGCCCAAGGAAUAAAUGGUUUGUACAGUCAGCAGUCUAUUUGUGCUUAAGUACAUUGAGGAAUGAGAUCUCAACUAGAACGUGCUUCAUCUCCAGACAACCUCCAUAGGCAACUUCGUCAUUACUUGAUGCUGUAGAAAUGUAGAAGAUAAACUGCAGUAGGACCACUAAUAAUUUCCUCUAAUUUACUUCUCUGAGGAGGUUGCUUAUCUUGUUCACCCAAAAUCAAAGACGAGGAAAGAGAGUGGAUCAAGAUGAUAGCAGAUCUGGAGGUACAAUUUUUUGUAGCCAGCAGUUUUAUUCAACUUCCUUUUUGUGCAAUCCUUGCUGAGUUGCUUCUAUUUCCUUUGUUUUUGCUCAUCCAGCUUUAUAUAAGGUGCCCAUUAUUUUCUUUUUGGUUUCAAUAAGGUGCCGCUUCUUAAGUAGCUUCCCAAUGCUAAUGUAAUUUAGGAAAACAACCAUGAGUAAAUACCAUCAUACUUCUUGCUUCCUGA